GCCCGCCAUCGGAACGAGCGACACAUUGAUGAUCGCCGGCGGAGCCUGGAUCAUUUGGGUCGCUGCGUCCACGUUGUGCGAUUGGGCCCGCGGAUACCUGAAGCCCGCGCGGGGAUUCUCGGAUUACCUUGUUUGUGCACGAAGCUGUUCCAUCCUGGCGCCGCAGCGAGCCGGUGGAGUUGAUGCGCCGCCGACGACGUCGAAGUUGGAGGACGCCGUGGCCUCGUUGUCCGUUCCCUGGAAAUGGGACAUCCUGCACCGGUGGAAGCACGGAGACUGGCUGCGCAACAGGAGGCACCACCCGGCGACAGCGGCACUCCUGGUGGACAAGAGCGCGGCCGGCGAGCAACAAUCUUUCGACGAUCGCAUGCUGCUUGUGUACGACCGCGACCUGUGCACCAAAGAAGAAGAUGACCCUAGGGACGCCAUCGUCUUCUUCCACCCGGUUAAUAUGAUGCUGGAGCAGAAGUGCGACCUGAGCUGCCAGCUGGUGGGUGUGGUGCACUUCUUCAACUCGUGCUUCGACACGCCCCGGGCUAUCGAGCAAGAAGAGCAAGUCGCCGUGCGAGUGCUUGACAACUACAUCGUCAUCCUUGGAGCGCCUAAAAGCCUGGCGAAUUACGUCCUCCAGCAGCAGAUGGACUUGGUCGUCAGACUUCUUCGGUUUUACCACAAGGGACUGGCAGACAUGAAUGAGGCGUGUUCCAGCGGAGAACCAUUCGGCGAACGCGUGCGCGAGUUCUUCAACGCUUGCCUGCCCGUGUGCUGCGGUCCGAAGGACCAACUGUCCAACCUCUUCCAGGCCGUGCCGACGCUGAACUUGCCGGAGGCGGCGUCCAACGUCUACGCGAAGGGGUACACGCAUCUCGAAGAACUGCAGAAGAUGCCCGGUGUCCUCGCCAGCUGCGUCACCUUUGAUGAGCGGGUGCUGGCAAGUCAGUUCACCCCCGAAAUGACGCAACUCCUGCUCCUGGCGGCUACCUCUAAGGAAAGGUUGGCAAUGGAGGACGUCCCCGUGAAGUAUUUCAUACCCCCCGCCGUACGCUUAGUGAACGUCUACCUAGAGGCUUCGUGGCUCAAGGAUCUGGCCGUCAUCAAUAAGCAAUCCAACGAGAGUCCCAAGGAGCUCGACAAGUACGUUGAUCACGACGACGCCGCCGCCGACGACGAAAAGAGCUUGUCUCGGAGCACGAACUUGAUCCAGGAACAGGACGCCUGCCCCAACGACGACGGUACGCAACGACUUCCAGCUGCGGAGGACAAGGAACCCGAGAGGGCCGACUCGCUCAGCGACGUCGACUCGGCCCUGUCGUCGCAGACGACCAACCACUCUUCGACGUGCGCCCCGCUGGCGUCGACCAUACUGCAGGUGAUGGGAAAGCGGAGCCUCCCGGACAGCGACUUCCUGUCGGACUUUGAUUCGGCGGAGGACGCAUCCGACGGCGCGGGACCCGACGCCUGCCUGAGGCGCCUCGCCGAGCUCCAGUACACGGUCGCCGAUUGUCUCAGGAUCUCCCAGGAGAACCUGGCGACGGACGGCAGAAGAAGGCGGAGAGCGUCCACCAGGAACUCCAGGAGGAACCUGAGGAAGUACGUGUCCAGGCCGGACUUAAAUCGCGUCCUCAAGGACAUCGACGAAGUGCAGGGCCAGGAGUACGCCUCCGCCAACACGACGCCGUAUAGGUACGACACCGACGCCAACGUCUUCCAGGACUACGACGCCGGCAUGGGGUUCGACGCGGCCGGACUGUUCUACCAGGCACAGACGAUGCAGACGCCCACCCUCAUCAGCCACUUCAAGAGCCAGCGGGGGAAGGACACAGUCGCGACUUCGACGAAGGAGGUCGCGACGUGCCAGCCACACAGUCAGGUCCUGUUCGUCCUGUACGCCAAGAAGUUUCAGCGGGCAUUGACCAAGUUCGGCGAGGCGUGCUCCUCACUAAGCCUAAGUAAGGAGGUGGCCUCUGGAAAGAAAAGUCUUCUCGGUGUCCUUCGAAAGACGUGCUCGAGGCCGUCCGAGACCAAGGCGACGACAAGACCAGAACAAGGUGUUCCAAGUGAGAACACGCUGAACCCUUUUGACCUGCCACCGGUGGUUCAGGUUGAACUGGGCGAAGCACUUGAUGUUCUCGUGGAAGAAUCUAAUAAACCCCUUCGAAAACACAAGCACGACAGCGGUGGCUCCCUCGGUUUGAACAGCAUGCCUGAGCAGGAACAACCAGGAAGCGGAAAUGAACGAGUGUGUAGUGCUGAAGACGUUGACCGGUGUACAGUACUCAGUGAUGAUGACAAAAGGACAGAUGCUGGGUGUGAGUUGAGAAGGACAACGUUGUUUGUGCAAAGGUACUGCAACAUGGCGUGCCUGGUGUUGUUGGCCGACGCUGCGGAAGAGAACGAAGCUUUCAUCUAUUCACUGUGGAGAAGAUGCAUAGCAGAACUCGGUGACUUGGAAGUGGCAGCAAGAAGUUGGCAGCACCGGGACACCGUGUCAGGAAAUGCUACAGUGUGUGCUGAGGUGUGCUACAAUAGCAAACUGUGCAGCAUCACAGGCUCACUGCCAGCCCUUGCAGAGCAGACACAGUGGCACCUACAGUCGAUACAGCACGCACACGGAGAGUUCCUGAGGAGCACGUGUGUCAACAACAUGAACGCACUGUCACUCGGCAACACGUGGAUACAAGCAACCCGAAGUGAAGAUCACGAGACCUUCAAGGUGACAAUCGAUGACCCAAAGGACUUGUCACCAGCAAAUGUGUCUUAAGAGAUUUUUCACAGUGAACAUCACUGACAUUAUCACAACAUUAGCGCUCUUUCACGUUGCCACAGAAACAAAACAUGCAUCAGUAAAUAUAAUUUCAUCAUAUGCAUAGUGAAAAAAAGAAGGAAGCUGUCAUAAUAAACAUUUACAUGAGUAAUGCAAUAAAAUUAUGUACUUUAUUUAUCUGGAACUGGGAGUUUUUGUUCACUUGUGACA